CACGACCAGGAAGCCAGCAGUGAGAUCACUUUCCAGAAAUCCCCUUCGGUGCUGUCUCCUCUCCACGACGAAGAGCCAGAGCCGAACCGAAAAGAUACACACAGAAAUAAAGGAGUUUGCUGCUGCCUCAUAUUCCGAAGGGUUUGAGCUGAAUUAACAACAAAUACAUUGAAGCAUGUCCCUGUAUCCAUCCCUCGAGGACCUCAAGGUCGACAAGGUUAUCAAGGCCCAGGCCCAGUAUGCCCACGCUGCCACCACAAUGCCAGCCAUCUCUGAGGGAGCCUACCAGCCUCAGCCUGUAACUGCUGGGAUGCCUGGAUCAAGCUUGUAUCCGAACCUUGAGGAGCUGGGUAACUACAUGGGUCUUGCUCUGGACAGCGAUGAAGUCCAGAGGAACCUGGCCCUGCUGCCUGUGGCUGACAAUCAAGUGGCAGUGCCCUCCAGCUCAGGUUAUGGGGGCAUGGUUCGGCCAGUGACAGGGACCGAUGUGGGCAUCCGGAGGGCAGAGAUCCGCCCCGGAUUGCGGGAGAUUAUCCUCUGCAAAGACCAGGACAGGAAGGUUGGACUGCGGCUCAGGGCCAUCGACAACGGUAUGUUUGUCCAGCUGGUGCAGGGCAACUCCCCUGCUGCCCUGGCUGGCCUGCGUUUUGGUGACCAGAUUCUUCAGAUUAAUGGACAGAACUGCGCCGGCUGGAGUGUCGACAAAGGCCACAAGGCUUUGAAGGCAGCCGCUGAGACCCGCAUCGAGCUUGUGGUCAGGGACAGGCCAUUUCAGCGCACUGUCACGAUGCACAAAGACAGCUCAGGCCAUGUGGGCUUUAUCUACAAGUCUGGUAAAAUCACCUCCCUGGUCAAGGAUGGAUCUGCUGCCCGCAAUGGCCUGCUGACUGAACAUUACAUCUGUGAAAUCAAUGGGCAAAACGUUAUUGGACUUAAGGAUUCUCAGGUCAAGGACAUUCUGACCACCUCUCCCACCGCCAUGACCAUCACCACCAUGCCCAAGUUUGUCUACGAGCACAUGAUCAAGAGGAUGUCCAGCGGUCUCCUGCGAUCAGCCAUGGAUCACUCUGUCCCGGAGGUGUGAAGACGAGGAGGAGGACUGUAAACUGUCAGGAUGUCUACAAUACAGAGAUAUCUCUCUCACUCUCUCUUUCUCUCUUGUCUUUCUUCAUAUCUGUAUCUCUCUCUCUCUUUUCAUACCAAACCACCUCCUGCAUCACAAUCAUCAUCUGCUUCAUUUUCUCAUCCUUAACAUAAAUCUUAAGAUGCCUUUUUUUUCUAUUCUUCAUUUCAGUAUUCUCUUUACCUCUUCAAAAUUUCCUCUUCUUUUUUUUGACAUGUCCAAGUCUUUUCUUUUCUUUGUAUGUUAACCUUGUAUGCCUAGUAUUACCUGUUUUUUCUUGUUUUGUAUUUGAGGUUUAAGGACAGUACAAAAUGUUAUUUUUUUAAAGCCAUGCACACUAUCACGAGUCCAGAGCUUCCUCCUCAUCUUGGAGAAGAAUCAUUGUCAUGUGACUUUUCAUCUUUGUCAAAAAAAAAGCCAACUGUCAGUUAUCAGAUUAAUACCACAAAGAAAACGGCUGUGCUCCCCGUUCCUGCACUCUGCCCCUUAUGUGUGUACAUAAAAAUCUGAGCUGAGUUCAAACCCAUGUCCUCAAAUGUAAAAAGAAAUUGCUGACAUGUUUUAAGAUUCCAGUGUACAGGUGUUUUUACACGGCCAGUAAAACUCAACCAUUUUAGCAUAGUUGUCUUUAGUUUAAACCAUAUAUUUGUGUAAAACAGUGUUGUUUUUGGCAAAAGAAAAAUGUCUUUUUGUUCAUCCCUAACAUUGAUGGUCCCUGGAUUUGAACAUAAGAGAGAGUUUCAUCUUCUCAAGAGAUAGCGAUUUAUCAUUAAACCACAUUUCCUGUCUCUAUGAGUCAGUGUAGUCAUGAUGAGACUCUGAUAUGUUGGAUUUGUUGGAACAUUCCUGGGGGAAGUGUAGAGAAAGGGGCAGCACUAGAUGUUUGUUCCCCUAUGCAGCUGGGAUUGAGUCCUGUCCACAAACAC